AUGUUUGUGGUGGACACCUCAACCAGUGUCGAGGCAGAAUUUCAUCAACAGUUGCAGCUCGCCGUUGACUUGGUGAAGCGACUACCUGCCGAUGAUUUCGAGCAUCGCAUACGUGUCGGAGUGGUAGUGUUCAAUGCGAAAGCGAGGGUGGCUCUUUCCAUGGGAGAGUCUCGUUCCAGAGAGCUCGAACUAUAUGCUGGUGAUAAAUUGAGGGUCUAUAUCGAUGCCAGAGUCAGGCAAUUCCUUGACGAAACCGAAAAUGGAGUGACCCAUUGCGGUCGUUCUUCUGAGCCGGCGUCUCCAGUUGUUCUACAAGCUCCAAAGUCCUGUUCUUCACUUGUGGACGUGCUGAUUUUGCUAGACAUUUCAACACCUCCAGCUAGCUUUUAUCAAGAAAAACAACUGGCCAUCGAUUUACUCAAAGCCCUGCCAGCGAGCGUUUUUGAGAGACGUCUGGCAGUCUCCAUCAUAACAUUUGCGGCGAAUUCAAGCAUAAUUCUACCGCUUGGCGUCAUGCCAAAGGACGAGAUUGUCUUCGAAUUGGAACGUGUGGCGAACGGAACCGGUCCAGCCAGUCUCACCAGGGCCACCGCCUCGACGAUCGCGGAAAUAAAAUCUCAGCGCAGAAAGAGCUCUCGUGUUGUCGUAAUCAUCGUGUCGAAUGGAAACGGUGGCGAAGAAAAAUGGAGAAAUGUUCAGGUGUUUGAGCACCAACGUGAGUUGGCGCUGUCGUUGAUUGAACGACUGCCGAUCUCUGCUGAUGGUACUAAUGUUGCUGUGGGAAUCGCAAUUCGUUCUACCAUUGAAUCGAUUGAGUAUCGCGGUGGCUCCACGCUAACAGCCCAGGCGGUCGAUCUCAGCAUCGACGAUCUACUUCGUGGCCGCCGCCCCGAUGCGAUCCAGGUGGUCGUGUUGAUGAAUGAUGGCUUCUCACAAGACGAAUGGGAUCGUGUACUCUCAAGCAGCGGACGUCUUGCUUCCACGAAAUCUGAGCUAUUUGGAGUAGCACUUGGCAAUGAGGUUUUUAAAUGAUGUAGUCUCGCUGCUGAAAGGUGAAAAGGAUUGUAUCGAAACGAAGGUCCACAGAGAGAGUACUAUUCCACAACAGCAUUCACCCUCGGACGAGUGUGCCAAGCCGGGUUUGGACCUCGUCGUCAUCUUUGAUAACACAGAAAAAAACGUUCGCAAACGUGACUCAUCGAUCAACUCGAAUCGAUAUCUCCUGCUGGAUGUGCUCGGCUCGCUGAAAUCCGGUGCUCGUGUUCGUGUUUCGGUAGUCUCUUUUGGUGAUACGCCAAAGAUUACACUGGACUUCACAGACAUUUCCGAAAGGGAUAGAAUUUUUGCUGAGAUCGAAUCUAUUAGAGCAGUCCGUACACAACCGUCAUACGCCGAAGCGAUAUCUCUAGCGCUUGCAAAAAUACAAAACAAGGACCGUGCUGAUGCCCAAACAGCUUUGGUGAUUCUUGGAAAUGGUAAUAGCAAAGAUACAGACUCUGUGAGAGAUACUGCAUCUUCACGGAUUCGUCAGACGCCAAGUGUGACCUGUUUUGCCGUCGACUCAUCGCCGUCGACAAACGUCUCCACUCUGGAGCAGUUCACCGGUUCACCGGAUCGUGUCUAUCCUUAUGAAAGAACCGCCGAAUUCGCAAAAGUGAUUAAACGGCUGGUUAACUCAGUGGAGAAUGCAAAAUGCAAGCCAGGAGGACUUCGUGGACGUGUUCAUGCUGCAGCUGGAGUAGAGGUCCGUGAAGCUGUAUACAGCACACCGGAACCGUCAAAGUCAAAGGCCGCUGUUCAACGAGACGCACUCGUAGAGUCUUUGAAUGUGGACAAGAUCAAUGAAGGAAAGCUUGUACUCCGAAAGAAGGUUGUGACAAGUACAGCUGUCACAACUACACCGACAGCAACCACAGCGGCCUCUACACCUUCAACUACGACACCAUCUUCGAUUACAACUAGGCGUUCAAUAUCCUCUCGACGCCCUUCGACCCCGGAACCAUCUUCGGCUACUGACGUCCUUACAAAAAUUCAGCGUCGAACCACCACGUCGCAACAGUCGACAACCACUCAGCCUUCAACUACCUCCAGCAAGCGGUUCUUAAGAACUCGUCAACCUACCAGUCUCGUCCCACCAACGGAAGUAACUACACGGACAACAAGAGCUCGCACUACAACCACCACUGCGUCUACAACACCACGAGCUCUUACUUCGCCGUCAUUCCCCCAAUAUUUUCCCAGAAAAACUACGGAUGAGCCAGAAGAACCUUCUACUACCUUCAAGCCGGGCUGUCUACUUGACUUGAUACUCGUCUUGGAUUCAUCCGGCAGCGUGGAAGAGACGUUUCUUCGAGAGAAAGAACUAGCCGCCGGUAUUGUUUCUCGACUCAGAGUCGGACCAAACAAUGCCAGGGUGUCAAUUAUCAAGUUCGCUGGUACACAGCAGGUGAAAACGGUCUGGUCGUUCGCCAAUUUGCAAAGUAGAGGAAAAAUUCUUCGAGUACUGAAUGGGAUACCGUUUACCUCUGGAACAACUGCUAUUCACUCUGCACUGUUGAAGGCCCUCGCUGAAUACACAACCGAUCAUGGUGCUCGUCCAGGUCAUGCACGACCAGUGGCUAUCAUCUUCACCGACGGCUAUGCUCAGAAAUCCACAUCCGAAGAAGCUGCCAUGUUAAGGGCAGUCAUACCGGACACGUACGCAAUCGCCAUCAACCACAGUUACCCAAUUUCUCGCACUGAACUCGAAGUUAUCGUUGGCUCACCGGAACGCGUCUUCACUGACUCUAAUAUCGGCAAAUUCCAUGAUAUACUCGAGACGAUUGCUAGGGAUUGCAUUGUUGAUUAG